GGUAGUCCUUAAUUGCCCUCGAGGAAGAAGAUCUUUUUGCUUAAGAAGAGUCAUAAAUUCUUUCUCCUUUAUCAAAGACGUAGGACUACCUGUUGACCAGUGAAGAGCUCAGAGUUUUAGCUGGAGGUGCUGCUCAGUACCUCUCCGCUAAGGAAAUUGUGAUAGGCCUGGCAGUUAGAGGUGUUUCACAGAUGUGAGAUGCAGUUAUCAGACCUCUGAUUUGUUUCUUAUUGUGUGGAUAAAGCCUUGAAACAUUUUCAGUUGAGCUGUAAAAAAUCAUAAAUCCCCAGCAUGGUGUGUUCUUCAAAUGAGUUUCAAAUAUUCUUUGCACUGGGGGAAAUUGUAUUGGUGUGUUUACUGGUUUAAAGUAUUCCAAGUCUUGUUUUUCCUUCUUCUGGUCUUUACUACUCACAGUCCUGCAGCAGUGAAGCUCUGUCACACCAGCCCAGUGCUUACCAGCAGAGGUUGCAGAAUCAGCAUGUGUCUGUAGUAGUUAAAAAGACAGAAGCAGUCUUCGCCAGCCAAGAAACCAGCAAAAAUAUUUCACAAUGGAUGUUGACGAUGAAGAAAACAUGAGUUCAAGCAGCACUGAUGUUAAAGAAAACCGCAACAUGGACAACGUUCCCCCCAAGGACGGCAGUGUGCAAGGCACCGGGGAGGGGGCUCAGCUCUCCAAUGGUGGUAGCAGCAGCAGCAGAAAGCGUCUUUUGGAGGAGGGCAACAAUGGCCACUCCAAAUUUCGCCCUAAGAAGAGGAAGAAAACGCCAGGUCCCGUUUUGCCAAAGAAUGCCCUGAUGCAACUUAAUGAGAUUAAACCUGGUUUACAGUACAAACUGCUGUCCCAAACAGGGCCGGUUCAUGCUCCAAUGUUUGUGAUGGCAGUUGAAGUUAAUGGGCAGGUGUUUGAAGGGUCUGGCCCUACAAAAAAGAAAGCCAAGCUUCAUGCUGCUGAGAAGGCUCUGCGGUCUUUCGUUCAGUUCCCAAAUGCGUCAGAGGCGCACCUCGCAAUGGGGAGGACUCUCUCUGUCAACACAGACUUCACCUCCGACCAGGCAGACUUUCCUGACACGCUUUUCAAUGGAUUUGAAACUCCAGUUCCUGCUGAUGCUUCCUUUUACCUAGGGUCCAAUGGGGAUGGCUCCUUCAGCUCUAGUGGGGACUACGGGUUGUCAUCGUCAUCUGCUGUAGCCAGCAGUCUUACCCAGUCGCCUCUCCCCACACCAUCACCGUACCCAACCACGAGCGGCAAGAAUCCGGUCAUGAUCCUGAAUGAGCUGCGGCCAGGACUGAAGUACGAAUUUCUCUCAGAGAGCGGGGAAAGCCAUGCCAAAAACUUUGUCAUGGCUGUUGCAGUGGAUGGUCAAACGUUUGAAGGAUCAGGAAGGAAUAAAAAGCUUGCAAAAGCUCGGGCUGCUCAGUCAGCCUUGGCAUCCUUGUUUAACAUGCAGCUGGAUCAGACUCCAUCUCGACAGCCCAUUCCUAGUGAGGGGCUCCAGUUGCAUUUGCCACAGGUUUUAGCAGAUGCUGUUGCACGCUUGGUAGUAGAUAAAUUCAGUGAUUUGACAGAAAACUUCACAUCUCCACAUGCACGUAGAAAAGUCCUUGCUGGAAUUGUCAUGACAACAGGUACAGAUGUGAAAGAUGCUCUGGUAAUAAGUGUUUCUACAGGAACAAAAUGCAUCAAUGGUGAAUACAUGAGUGAUCGGGGUCUUGCAUUAAAUGAUUGCCACGCGGAAAUUAUAUCUCGACGGUGCCUGCUUAAAUUUCUAUAUACACAACUUGAGCUUUAUCUAAGCAAUAAAGAUGAUCAGCAAAAAUCCAUUUUUAUCAAAUCGGAGCAAGGCGGGUUUAAACUGAAGGAAAAUGUGCAGUUUCAUCUCUAUAUCAGCACGUCUCCUUGUGGAGAUGCUAGGAUUUUCUCGCCACAUGAAGCAGCACAAGAGGAUCAAGGGGACAGACAUCCAAACCGCAAGGCAAGAGGACAGCUACGAACAAAAAUAGAAUCUGGGGAAGGAACAAUCCCUGUGCGCUCUACGACCACUAUCCAGACGUGGGAUGGAGUAUUGCAAGGAGAAAGGCUACUUACUAUGUCAUGCAGUGACAAGAUAGCAAGGUGGAACGUAUUGGGUAUUCAAGGAGCCUUACUUAGCCUCUUUGUGGAGCCAAUUUACUUCUCUAGCAUCAUCUUGGGGAGUUUAUAUCAUGGGGAUCAUCUAUCCAGAGCCGUAUACCAGAGGAUAGCAGAGAUAGAAGAUCUACCACCUCUUUAUACACUCAACAGACCUUUACUUAGUGGUAUUAGCAACGCAGAAGCACGCCAACCAGGGAAAGCACCAAACUUCAGUGUAAACUGGACAGUAGGAGACACUUGUCUUGAAGUUAUUAAUGCUACAACUGGCAAAGAUGAAAUGGGUCGUGCAUCUCGCCUUUGUAAACAUGCUUUGUACAGCCGCUGGAUGCGUAUUCAUGCAAAGCUUUCCUCCAGCUUGCGCUCAAAGAUUCUCAAGCCUAACUUGUACCAUGAAACCAAGCAAGGAGCCACUGAGUAUCAAACUGCCAAAGAGCGUUUGUUUAAAGCAUUCCUGAAGGCAGGACUUGGAGCCUGGGUGGAGAAACCCAUAGAACAGGAUCAGUUUUCUCUCACUGUCUGAUUCACAGACUGCACAUCACUUUGGAAAGGGAGUUGCUCUGGAAAUCCUGGUGUCCAGCAUUGCUUUCUGGCAUCUCCACAGCUGUUAAAACAUCUUUUUACUGUUUGGAGUUUGUUUGUUUUUCCCCAUUUUUUAGGAAACUUGAUGGUAGCUGUUUUUAUUUUGCCUAAGUAUUGAAACUCAGUGAUUAUCUGAUACAUAAUUGUGCAUUUUAUUAUGGGAAAGUCAUUUCUGGUGUAUUUCUGGAAAUACUUUUACUGUAGAAAAUUUGCAGUAAGGCUCUCCUUACAGUAUACAAUGACUCAUUUUUUCUGGGUUAAAAUACUUUUUUUAAUUCAAUGUCAUCAAGUGCAUGAAGAAGUUAGUUUCUUUGGAUUUUACACCACACUUUUAGGAAGUAGCUUAAUUUUUUUAAAAGAAAUUAGGUGACACUACUCUUCUGCUAACUUGUUUUUGAACUGCAUAUAGACCAUAAAGCCAGAAUGAAGUCUGGACAGCUAGUUUUUCCCCACUUCCUUGCUCUUUAAAACCAGCUGCUGAAAAUUUAAUGUCUUUGAUGUAUGUAUUUAUUAGUCUGUGAUCCAGUUUUUAACAUGCAGCUUUUUAUUCUGUUUUUAAAAAUACAUUUACCUUCCAUUUACACACAUUGUGAAGUCUAUUUUUUUUUUUUUACCCUUGUAAACUGGAAACAACAAAGUAAUUAUUUCUCAGUUAAGAGGUUUAGUCUAUAAUGUGCAGAAAUCUGUUUAAUCUGUUUAGAAGUAGGUGAUUUGUAUAUCCCAGGAAUUCAUUAUAAUAUGAUCACUACUAUAACAUGUCUAUUCAAAAAAAAAAAGGAAAAAGAAAAAUUGUUCCAUUUUAAGAGUACUAAGCCUGAAUUGCCAAAAACAAUCACUCACAAAGUAUUAAUUGCUCUCUUCUAGAAGAAAUGAAAAGCUCAUGUAUGGACAAAAAGUUGUUAAAACUUCUUUCCUGUGAGUUACAUUUCCUUUCAUUCAAGUUGUGUCCCUUUGAAAUUUCAUUGCCUUUUGCCUUUUCAUGUGUGAUGGUCCUCAUGAAACUAAUUAGGUAAGUUACUCUUAAAUGUGCUUUUGUUUGCUUUGACUAUUACAUGUUUUUCGUAAAGAUGUAGACACUUCAGCUUUAUGUAAAAAUGUAAGAUAGAAGGGAAAUAUUUUGAGAUCUGUUUAAUUAACUGGUGUAUAGAAGGCACUUUUAAAAACACUUUUUAGUACAUGAUGUUUAGGAGUGGAUUAGAGAAUGCCUGCUGUCAUUUCUCUGCUCCCACAGUCUGUGUCCAAACACAUCCUGUGGCUUGUACCUAUUCAAGUAUUCUAUGUGCUUUCAGGAAGGCCCCUUGGGGAUUCUAUGUCAUCCUUUUGCAAACAAUGAAGGUCAUGUUUUGUGACGCAGGACUUUGUGACACAAUACCCAAGCCAAAUGUGUUUCAGCAACAUUGCUCCAGCUGAUAGGUCUUGUCCCUCAGCUGUACAUCACCACCCCUUCCUGUGCUGCAUUGGACAUCAGAUCAGUGGGCUGGUCCAUACUUUGAAGUCAAGUUAACACUUAUUUUUAGGCCCAUAUUGGGUCAGAGAUCCAGCUCUGAGUCACGCUGGCCCAUCUGCGGAAGAAGUGAAGUGGAGCAUAGGAAUCCCUGCAGCCAGCUUCAUGACUAAAGCCUGUGUCUCAUGCAGUCGUAACUUAAGUUACAGUACCUCAGACCAAGUGUCUCCUGGGGGUUAGCAGCUACUUCACCCAUUGGAGACUUUGGUAUAAAACCAAUUCUGGUCUAUCAUGAAUGCUGAGGAGAUGUGCUGCUUUGUUACUGCUUGAGUAGGAGCCUGUUUUCAACUUCAAAAAAUGGUCAGGCCUGAUAAUCACUUGUGCAUUAGUUUAAGCCUCUUGGCUAGUGGCUGGAAGUAAUGCGUUGAGAAACAAUCAGUGAACUUUUGAUGGUAUUAUGGACAAUAGUGAGCGCUGCUGCAGGAAGGCAAGCAAAUCACAGUGGUCUAGUGAUCCCUUCAGAAAAGGCUGAUGCUUCCAGAGGUUACUGCCUUUUCCAGAUGCCAGUGGAACAAAUGUUAUGAACCAUAUUAGGCAGACUGCGUAAAUUUAGCCUUGUUGGCAACUCUAAGCUGUUCUGUCUGUUUCUGCAUUAAAACCAUUAGUGUUGUCACACCUGUGCUAGUCCCACAGAGCAGAAGGGCAGCAGUUUCUGAAUACAAACUAACUUUUUGCAGACAUGAUUCUGGUAAGACUCAGACCAACUUAUUCCAAAAGUAAUUUAUUUGUAUUUGGUCAGAUUUUGGAAGCACUUGGGCAUUUACCUUUGAGAUCAGUCCUGUCUCAUUAAUGUUGCAGAAAUUCUGUUGUGGCUGUAGAUAAAUAUGUGCAUACAUCCAUGUAGUAUCAAGGGAAAGCUAGUUGCACCGUGUACAUUUUCUGGGGAUUAUUAAUGUUACUAAGUGAAAUACACACUAAGGGACCUGGUCUAUUGAUAAAUGUUUGUUGAUAAUUUCAAGCAAAUUAUUUUUACUCAUCUUUCUGAAGUACUCAUUGAAAAGUUGAUGUCUCUUUGGGUUUUUUUGAAGAAUAGGAAAGUAUUAGCUCAAACUAUUUUUUUUAUGAAGUCACGAAUAUAAGCAAUAUAUUUAAGUAUUAUUAUAGACAUAGUUUUUUAAGCUGUUCAAAUGAGUGAUUAAAAUGAAACUGUAAAGGAAAUCUGUUCCAUGCCAAAAUCUUUUGAUGAAGGAAUGGUGUCAGGUUCUUUAUAAGGAAUGAGUUCUCUUGUUUAUAAUUCCAGGAUUUUAAAAAGAAAGUUUUUCAGGGUUGUAUGCAAUCCAUAUCUGUCUUGUGGGAGUCAAUAAAAUACUGCUUGGCUUCCUUCAUUUGUUUGUUCCUUUUUGUGCAGUUAAUAUGUGGAAAGUUGUGAGGAAAGACCUCAGCCCCAUCAAGGAUGUGACCUGUCACGCUGCCCCAGCCUCUGUCCUGUCCCCAUUUCACCCAGUGCCCUUAUGGCAUGUGCUGGUGGAGUUGUGAUUGCUGAUGCUCCUGUAUUCUUCAUAAGUCACCAUCACUGAGCAUGAAAGAAGAGUGAUGUGUAUCGUUUUGAGGAACCACAAAAGAUAAGACAAUUCAGCUUCCAGCAGCUGCCAAAUUUUGUUGUGUUGGGUGGGCUGGGUGGGUGGGAGCUGGCCUAAGCAGAGGUCUGCAGUGCCACUCUGGGAGCUGCUUUGUUUUUUUGUUUUUUGUUUUUUUUUCCUUCUCACUUUUGAGUGAGUGUAAGUGUUUGUCUCUCAGGAUCUUCAGAGGACUUAAAUAAACAGUAACAAAUUUAACAUUGAAGAAUACUUGAAAUUUCAUUAAGGUGUUUUUCUCCAGAUGACAGUCUAGCUAUAAUAAAGUUUGUAGGUUAGUAGAAUAGGACAUUUUAAGUAUAGAUGUUUAAAAUAUAUAUAUUCUGCUGGAUCAUUUAAGAAAAUUUGGGCCUAAAGGUAACACUUGAAAUAAUGGUUAUGGUGGUACUCAGGACAUGAUAAUAACUGUAGACUGUUUCCUACUGCUAGGGUGUGUAGGACUUUGUUAGCACCUGUUCUUCUCUAACUGUGUGGAUGUCCCAUAGCUCUCAUGCUCAAAACAUUUGCCUGUGUGAUGUAGGUAGUGAUGAUACCUGUAUCGUGUUUGUGGCACUUAGGAAUGUACAGCAACGAGGUUUCUGUACAGCUGACAAUUUUGAUAUUCCCUUAUAUUAGAGAAAUCAUUUAAUGAAUGGUUACUGCAUAGAAAACUCAGGAGCAGAAGAUUUUUGUCUGUUACUACUCUGUAUGUCCUUUAAAUCUAAAAUACCUUACAGCUGAAAAUCCAAGGAACUUGGAGCUGGCCCACUGGUAUUUUUAUUUCAUCAGUCCAGGCCUGUGAUUUCUAAGAAUGCUGUCUACCCAAAUAAAAUAAGCAAAUAAAUAAAAAAGAGGAGAAAUUGGUGCGUUUGCUUCCUAAAGUAGAAAUGAUCCUAGGAUGAUCCCGUGAUGAGGGGGUAAGCAGUGCACACAGUUUCAUUUCUGCUUCCUGCUGCCCUCUGCUGUAUAGCCCUCUGGAUGAAACAGAGAGAGAGCAUGGGCCAAAAUGAAUUAUCUGUUCAGCAACAGGUUUUUCCCGGCCACCAACUUGCCUGCAGCCAUCCCAGCACAGUUGGGCCCCCAUAGAUCUGAUGAUUUUAUAAUGCAUUGGGUUUGCUGCUGUUACUUUACAGAAACAAACAGGUCAGAGCAUUUGCAAGCGAUUUUGAGUUGACCACCAGGGAAGAAGGUUGCUUGAGUCUCUGGGGCAGGUAGGUUGAGCACAACAGCUGCAGGACGUGUUGUAUUGUAUCACUAGGCAGGUGUUCCUAUGCUCAGAAUACCCAACUGGAUAAAAAUGAAGGCCUGGUUUUCUGAAGUAUAUCCGUUAGCAUCAUAUGCCUGAUCUGUUACAGUGCAGGUGAGACUGUUGUUUUUACUGUUGCAUAGAUGUUGUAGGAACAUUGCAAACCUACAGGGGCUAUAAAAAUAAAUAAAUAAAUAAAUAGCAGUGGUUGAAAUCCUGAAUCUGUCAAAGCUGAUGGAGAGCAAAUAGGGUCUGAGUUUCUCAUGGCGUCAUGUCAAUAUCACAGUGAUUUCCAGAACCUUUGCUGUCAAAGGUCUGUACUGUUGCCUGUUAAUACACAGGCUGUUAAACGUGCCAACAGCAAAAAAUUCUGCACGAAGUGCAGAAAUUAAUUAUAGCGACUUACUACUUUCUUUAGUUAUUCCAGAGAAGAGGAAUUAAGAACUGUGGUUUUGGUCAGUAUAGAAAGCAGCUGGCCUCGUCAGGUACAACAUUUUUGAAGAAUUUUGUUCUUCAGAGAGAAAGAUUGAUAGUCAGUCAUUACAGGUUUUUUUAAAAGUUUUUAAUGUGUUCAGUGUUACCAUACAAAUACCAUUUUUGUUGCAGUUUGGCUGAGAUGUCUUUAACAAACUGAAGUCCACAUGUGUGUCUGAAUAUAUAUUUGUGCCUAUAUUUAUAUAUAUAUAUAUAUAUAUGUAUAUAUUGGUGUAUGUUAUUUGCUUUAAGCAGUUACUCUUCCCUUAUCUUCCUGUGUGAUAGAAAGUAGCCAUUAGGCUUUACUUAACUGGUGUAAGAAUAUUAAAUAACUCUGUCAGAUAUAGUCCUUAACACUUGUCUCCAAUCAUAAUCUCAACUUUGAAGAUGAAACCUCAUUUUACAUCUGCUUUCUUGCUUUCUGUACAGCACACUUGUUCAUAUCCUUCUGGUACAGCUGAAGCACAAUCCAUCAACUGAUUAUUCCAAAAAAUGACAGUUCCACAUACUUCCUUUGUUUAACAUUUGUACAGAGAUUUAAAAAUACAAAGAGCUACAUAAUUUCAAAGUUUCAUCAUUUUUGUAUAUUGAUACCAGCAGUGGCAGCAACAAAUAGGUGAAAUGUCACAAAAUACUGUGCAAAUCCUUAAAAUGGUUGUUUUGAUGACAUCCUGAGAAGCUAUCCAGGAAAUGAAGGGGGGGGGGGUAUGUUUUGAAGCUGCCGGUUUGACCUCUGAAAUUGCAGCUUUUGCAAAGAGAAAGGGAGGUAAGCAUGAAUUUUGUAUUUGGGUAUUUUCUGAAACGCCAUAUAGAGGAUGCAGGAGUGCCCAGGGUUCGUCUGCCACCUCCUGUAUGUGAUGGAAAUGGGAAGCUCUGGAUGUGGGAGCUGCCCUUCCUGCCCGUGGGACGCUGACUCGCUUCCUGAGCCCAGUGAGGUGUCACUGCUGGUCACAGCAUGCUGAGAGAGGAGGGAAAGAGAAUCUCUCCCGGAAGGGCAGAAGUGAUGAACCUUGUGGGUCGAGAUACAGAUAGUUUAAAAAGUGAAGGAGAAAAAAUUACAAAUAAAAAAAAACAGGUGAUGUGAAAGCAGUCACUCACCAGCAGCCCCCUACCAGGCCCCAAAUCCAGCAAACUGCUCACAACAGGCCAGACAGACCCCAAGCAAUGGCUCGUUUGGAAAGCCCACCCCCCAGUCCUGUUUUUUUGCUGAGGAUGGCAUUGGAUGGUGUGGAAUAUACCAUUGGUCACUUUGGGUCAGCCGCCCUGGCCUUGUCUCCUCCCAGCUUCUUGUGCACCCCCAGCCUACCUGAGGAGGGGCAGAGUGAGAAACAGAGGCCUUGAAGUUGUACAAGCACUGCUCAGCAACAGCUAAAACAUGGGUGUGUUUUCAAUAUUGUUUUGGUCACAAAUCUAAAACAAUACCAUGUGGGUUACUGUGAAGAGAAUUUACUCCAUCCCAGCCAGACACAGUACAAUCUCCACCCCUUGCUACAUACCAUUUGUAUUAUACUCAGGUCCUACAGUAUGCAAGAUGUUUCCAUCAGCCACUUCCCCAUCCUUUGUCAUAUGCACAGAUAUUCCUGUAGUCUAUGGGCAUUUCUGCGUAUUGGGGUGCAUUAAACAUCCCAUAGCCAACUGGUCAAAAGAGGUGAUUCUCCUGCUUUAUUUAGCGUUGGUGCAGCUCCAACUUGAAUAUUACUAUGAAGCUAUGGGAUCCACAAUAUAAAAAGGAUAUUAAGAUAGUUGAAAGCAUCCAGAGGAGGUGAACAAAGCUGGCUAAGGGGCUGGAAGGCAUGUCCUGUGAGGAGAGGUCGAGGACACUUGGGUUGUCUGGUUUGGAGAAAAGGUGGUCAAGAGAUAACCUUAUUGCUUUCUGCAACUUUGGCAUCUGAGGCCAAAGAUUUGGGUAUCUCCAGAGAAGGAGACUCCACAACCUCUGGGCAGUCUGUUCCAGUGCUCUGUCACCCUCACAGUAAAGAAGUGCCCUCACAUUCAGAUUGAGACAGGGAGAAAGGGAAAGCAUGUCGAUUUUGCAGGUUUUAGCUAACACAGGGAGUAUGAUGUGUAUCAACCACAAGGACAAGAUCAAGGCAGGGAGUAUGAGGACAGGACAACCCUAAAAGAUAAGGGAAGAAAAGACUUCCUGCACGCAGAUAACAGAACCAUCAAGAACUGGCUUGACUGCUGAAGUCUGUCAAAGAAAGGAAGGGUCAGGAAUGUAGCAGCAAGGAAGACUUCUGGCCUUCAUCAAAAGAUCAUCAGAGUACACUGGAUGACCACCCAAGGACUCCAGUACACAUGCAAAGAGGGGUGGGAACCUAUGUUAAAGAUUCUUCAGAGACCUGAUGACUAUGCAAGAAACUUCUGGGAAAUGAGUAUGUAUAUAUCCUAAUAUAAGCACACUGUCCUUUGGGGUAUGUGGUCCCCCAAACACCCGGUGUCAUAAUAAAGAACACCUGCUUAAUAA